AUGGAUAUUAUAGCUGCUGCAGUCGAUCCGGCUGAACCUCAAAAGGUUUUAGCAGUUCUCGCGCAAACUGGAGCGAAAUUAACAUCAGUUCUAACUACACAUCAUCAUCAACAUCAUUCGAUAGGAAAUAUCGAAUUAGUAUUGAAUAGACCAAAUCUUGCAGUAUAUGGUGCAGAUGCACGUAUCCCAGAGUUGAAUUACGUUUGUAAACAUAAUGAAGAAUUUACAGUCGGCACGUUAAAAGUCCGAUCAUUACAUACACCAUCUCAUACUAAAGGUAGCGUAUGUUUUUAUGUAAGAGAUGGAGAUGAAAUGAAUGAAGAAAUCGAAAAAGCUGUUUUUACUGGGGAUACAUUAUUAGUCGGAGGAUGUGGAAGAUUUGUUGAAGGAGAUGCUAAAGAUAUGUAUCAUGUGCUAUAUACAAUAUUGGGAUCCUUGCCUUUGGAUACCAAAGUUUAUAGCGGACACGAAAGCGCUCUUAUCAAUCUUCAGUUUGCCAGCACCGUUGAUCCUAAUAAUCAUAAUUUACGCAAAAAGUUAUCAUGGACUCAAACUACACAUUGUACUGUUCCUAGUACAAUUGGAGAAGAAUUAGAAUAUAAUCCUUAUUUGAGAGUUACGGAUCCAUCCAUUCAAAAUUCAACAGGUUUAACAGAAAGAUUUGAAGUGAUGUCAACGUUAAGAGCAUUAAAUGAUAAUUUUAAUACUCAAAAUCAUUUUAGUAAUAUAAAUGGAUUUAAUGGAAUUAGUAAUGGAGUUGUAAAUGGGAUUUCAACAUCAACAACUGAUGAUGUCGAUUAG